CUCGUGAUGAUGAAACUUUAAUUCAUUCAAGAACGGAUGUUAUUCCUCGCCUCCUUCCCCCCUUUCCUUCCUUCAUCCUCGUUACAACUACCACUAGCACCAAGGCCCAGCUAGGCUCACGCGGAACCACUUGUUUGUCUUAUUAGCCGCGCCUUCAUCUACUGCUCAGCGAUGUCGCACGUAGCCGCCCAAACCGCUAGUCCAACAGACGGGAAAAAGGCCAAUGAAACUACCACUCCAAACGUUCUCCCUCCAAUGAGCCAACAACAAACCUUCACGCUUCCCUCGUCGCCCUCCAGCCCACCUUCCUUCAAGUUACCUCCGGAUCUGGAUCUAACCAGACCGAUUUCGCAACUAUUGAGGGAGGGUACGGCAGAUGUUCAUACAGCUGUUGAGGAUUCCGAAGGUGCACAAUUACUUACAAAGGGUCAACUUGGCAAUCGGGAAUAUACGAGGGUUUUGUUUAUGCUUUGGCAUAUUUACGAUGAACUGGAACGAGGACUGUACGAACAUCGUGAACAUCCGGUCCUAUACCAUAUCUACCACCCACGAGUCUUCUCUCGCGCAUCAGCUCUCUCCUUCGACAUAUGUCAUCAUCUCGGAACCGUGACAUGGCAAACCGAUCCUUUCUACGUCUCCUUCUACAACAACAUUCCCAAACCCGUUCAAGCUUACAUCGAUCGUCUUUCCUAUCUGGGUCGUUCUGAAGCUACGAGCGAAGAGGUAUCCUGUCUUGCAGCGCAUGCGUACGUACGGUAUUUAGGGGACUUGAGUGGAGGGCAGAUGAUCAGGAGGAAGCUCAUCAAGUCGUAUGGAUUGUAUGAGGAUGGUGAAGGGAGUGCGUUUUAUAAUUUUAGGACGUUGGAUUAUAGGACGGGCGAUCGGCCUGCGGAGAUGCAUGAGAUUAGAAAGAUUAAGGCUUGGUUCAAGGAAGGGCUUGAUGAGGCUGUCACAGAUCCUAAGCUAAAAGGUGUGUUGUUUGUUUGUUUUUUUGCUUCUGUAGCCACCCCUCUCCCAUCUCUUUCCUUUCCCUUCCAAAACGGAACUUGUCCAUUUCAUUUCUACUAUUUUCACAUGGUAACCAAUUCACCGUAUUUCACUUUAUUGGUCCUACCCACUUCCAUCCCAUCCCCAUCGUGUAUCGGAUCGUCCGCUAUCAUCAACACGAUACUGACGAGCGCGCCACUUUUCACCACCUCACACAGAACUCGUCAUCGCAGAAGCACAUGCUGCUUUCCUUUACAAUGGGGGUCUGUUCUCCUGCAUAGACACCACGCAAACGCUAGAGAAAGAGAAUGAAUUAAAGGCUCAAUCUGCUUCGGCGUACCCAGGCGCUCAUAUCACUCAGACGUUGCUUA